AUGGCAAGAUAUGUUAUUAAUACCAUUUUUCCAAAUAUCAUUUAUCACAGUGAUAACAAUAUGGAAAUUUUAAAUAUGGGUAAUUUUACCUUAGCAUCAAUUAAUGCUACUGUGCCUACCAUGAUAUUAAAUGGAGUAAGCAGUAAUGUUCACGUUGUUCAACAAACACCAUCUAAUGUUACAGUAGCAAAUAAUUCAGUUACAAGAGUAGGAGAAAAUUCAAUUAUUGUUAUUAAUCCAAAUCAAGAUGUAAUAAUGAAGAGAUGCACAAAUAUCAAUCCUUCAUCCAUUAUAUUGAGCAAUUAA